AUGAUAACUUUAUCUUCUUUUAUUUUUUUUCUUGUUUGUCUCUAUACCGAACUGGUUGUUUAUCCAGUUAAUAUAACGGAUCUAUCUAUCUAUCUAUCUAUCUAUCUGAGUCUGUCCAUAUCUAUUUAUCUAUCUGAGUCUUCUGUUUAUAUCUAUCUAUCUAUCUAUCUAUCUAUCUAUCUAUCUGAGUCUGUUCAUAUCUAUCUAUCUGAGUCUGUUUCUAUCUAUCUAUCUAUCUAUCUAUCUAUCUAUCUAUCUAUCUAUCUAUCUGAGUCUGUUCAUAUCUAUCUAUCUGAGUCUGUCCAUAUCUAUCUAUCUGAGUGUGUUCAUAUCUAUCUAUCUAUCUAUCUAUCUAUCUAUCUAUUUGAGUCUGUUCAUAUCUAUCUAUCUAUCUAUUUGAGUCUGUUCAUAUCUAUCUAUCUAUCUAUCUAUCUAUCUAUCUAUCUAUCCCAUCCGUUUCUUCAUUUUAUUCGUUCUAUAUUUCUUUCUGCUUUAUUUUUGUAUUUUCAUUCAUUCUUUCUUCUUUUUUUUUUCUUACUUCAUUCUCUUUCUGUAUUUUUUUUUUUUUAUGUCUUUUCCUUUCUUUCUUUCUUAAUUUUUCCGUUUUUUUUAAUUAGGUUUUUACUUUUAACUUAUCUUUCUUCUUUCCAUUUCAUUGCAUCCUUUCUCACUUUCUUUCCGCCUUUAUUUCUUUAUUUCUUAUUUUUAUUUUUCUCCUCUUUCUUUCUUUCUUUCUUUCUUUCUUUCUUUCUUUCUUUCUUUCUUUCUUUCUUCAUUCCUCAUUUUUUUCUCUCUUUCAUGUUAUAUUUUUCUUGCUUUAUUUAUCCGUCCCGUUUUUUUUUUUUUAUUUCGUCCAUUUUUAAAUUUCUCUCCUUCUUUCUUUAUCUACUUUCUUUCUUCCUUCAAAAAGAAUAUUUUACUUAUUUUAUUUUCUUAAUUCUGCCCAUUGACAUUAUUUCUUUUUUUUUUUCAUCCACUUCCAUAUUUUUUUUUUUUUUUUCAAUUUUCAUUUCUCUUCUGGUUUUCGUUUCUUCUUUCCUUCGGAUUUGA